ACCUCCUUGGAUCCACCGAUUGGACUAGAGCCUGAGGAUGGUGGUCAAGCCUGAUUCUGAAGACUCGGACUUGGCGCCAUGUCAAUGAUUGGGUUCCGUGUACUCAAGAUUCUUCGACUAGUACUCCAUCAAAGACCCAUUUUUUGUGAUGUCCAGAGACGAAAGUUUGUUUGUUCAAGUCGGUUCAUAUAAUACAAACCUCCAAGGUGGCGCUGGCUUGCCUCAGGACCUUGUCGAUUGGCUCGUUCCAGCACUCCAAGUAGCCUCUUUUCUCUCCAAGGAGCCUCGAGCGCCAGAUAUUUUUGCAAUUGGCUUCCAGGAACUUCUGCCCCUUCACCUUGGACUGGCUGGAUUGUCCAAGGCUCUGCUCGACGAUAGAGAUGCGCAUAUUCGUAGUCAGAUUGAGAAGCAUACUCCGGGUAAGGAGUCUUACACGCUCGUCGCGAAGGCCGUGAAUGUUGGUGUUGCGCUUCUCGUGUACGCACGAGAUAGUGGCGUCGCACGCCGAGUUUGUGAUGUACAAACUCAGUGGACUGGGACAGGUCCAGCUUACAUGGGUAACAAAGGCGCUGUUGGCAUACGUUUCCGCGUCUCAGAUAGGGGGAGCAAAGCUGGAGAAGUUUUCACGUUUGUUUGUGCUCACCUCACCGCACACGAGCCCAAGCUCGCUCAACGCAUCGCGGAUUAUCAUCACAUUGUCGGCACUCUUCUCUUCCCUGCACUACCAUCAUCUCCUUCCUCUUCCCCGACCACCAUGUAUUCGACAUCACACCUAUUCUUCCUCGGCGACCUCAACUUCCGUAUAUCAAUACCUCCGUCGUCUCCACCUGUACAAACUGUCAAACCUCACGAGGUUCUUACGAUGUUGAAGGACGACGUAUCACGUGAACAGCUGAAGGAAUUCGACCAACUUUUGAACCAGCGGAGGAAAGGGACGGCUUUCAUCGGUUUGCGCGAGGGCCCAUUCUGGACAUUCAAAUGUACAUAUAAAUACAAGCUUGGCGAGGUCGACCGGUACAGCACUAAACGAACUCCAUCUUGGACCGAUAGGAUAAUGUAUGCGACUCAUACUGAUUCCCCCGACACACCUGAGAAGUCUAACAUUACUAACAUUUUGUACACAUCAAUACCAUCAUACGUCGCAUCGGACCAUAAACCUGUCGUCUGCCUUCUACUCCUUCCACCACCUACGGCUACAUCGUCCCCCGAAACGUGUGCUCCUCCCAUGCUCCGAUUGCCUUCAGGGUACAUACCCACGCCUGAUCCGCGUGCUACGCUCAAACGGUACACCGGCCGAACGCUUGAUCGCAUCAUUGGCUAUAUAUGGUGGCUUCUCACAGUGGUCGGAGCCGGGUCGUCUAUUGUGGGGAUUUUCAACUUCUUCCUGGGGCUCGCCGCAUGGAGAUGGUGGAAGGUACCAGCUGUACCUCUUGCCGAUGUCUGAGUCAACGUUGAUCUAAAUUAUGAACACUCGAGAUUGUACAUCAGACACCUAU